AUAGUUCUCAAGGUCCCAGAGAAAGCAGAGUCAUGCUGCAUGUCCUGCUACUUUAGUCUGUGUUGAGGACCAAAAAGUCUUGAAUAAGGAGAAGUCCUUCCCUUGAGACACAGGGUCCCAGCCCUGGGAGAAGAGUCACUGGACAGUUGAGGUCACUGCAUUGAGACUUCCCUAUCGAGGAGCAGAGCAGUCUAGUGUGACCUGUGUCACCUACUGUCAGCAGUCUCACACCUUUACUGAGAAGACCUGCUGCCUGGGUCUGGGCAAGGCUAAUGAUCUGUAGCUUCAUGGCAGCUUGGACUGUACACUCCUAGGACUGUGGGAUAACCUCUAGGACAGAGCCAUGGAAGUUGUGGAUGAGACUGAAGCUUUACAACGCUUCUUUGAAGGACACGAUAUCAGUGGCGCUCUGGAACCAUCAAUUGACACCAGUAUCCUAGAGGAAUACAUUAGUAAAGAGGAUUCUUCCGAAAUCUGUUUCCCGGACAUCCCCCCUUCCUCCAACUAUGCAAACCCUGGUCAGCCUUGCACCUCCAAUGGAGUCCAUGGUCCUGGGAUAAUUUCAAGUAUAAGUCAUGGUGGACCAGUCAACUCAGGUGGUGUCCUCCACAUGGGUCAGCAAAUGCCAGUGCGGCCUGGUAUGAGUGGCCCAUGUGGGGGGCCUCCUUUCCAAUCACAUCUCAACUGCAAUAACAACAAUGCAAUGGUCAAUCCCAAAGGAUAUCAGGGUCCCCCAAUGUGCAUGAGUGGACCAGAUCUACCCAUCAAAGCAGAACCUAAAACCAGCUAUGCUGCCGGCACUUUACCUGACUCUCCCCCAGACUCCGGAUCAGAGGCGUACUCCCCCCAGCAGCUGAAUGAUCCUCACAUGCUUCGCACUAUGACCCCAGAAAAUAUUUGUCACAUCACCCCACCUUCUCGCCUGGAGCACCCACCACCUUCUCACCUUCAGGGCCCGCCUCCUCCUCAUCCGGCACACCAGCAGCACUAUCCUAACAUGCAACGAGAUCUUUACCUGAAAGUGGAGUCCUUGAUGCCCCAGUACCCCCCGCUUGGACCUGGUCUCCCUCCCACAGUCCUCCAUCAUGCACAGCAAUCUCAGAUGCUUCAGCAGCUUCUCCAGCAGCAACAUGGAUCUGAGCUCCCCGUGCACCCUGCAAAGAAGAGGAAACACUCAGAUUCUCCUAAUCUGAGGGAUCAAGUACCCAAUGGAGGCAUGGUGAAACAGGAGCCGGGUCUUAUGAAUGAUAAUGACAGUCUGAAUGGCUCCUACCUGGACCCCAAUUACCAGUCCAUAAAAUGGCAGCCGCACCAACAGAAUAAGUGGGUCACCUUGUAUGACAGCAGCUACAAGGAACUCCCAAUGCCCACUUACAAGGUGGAUGCAGAUAAAGGGUUUAACUUCUCAGUGGGAGAUGAUGCUUUUGUAUGCCAAAAGAAAAACCAUUUUCAAGUGACCGUAUACAUCGGCAUGAUCGGAGAGCCUAAAUAUGUGAAAACCCCAGAAGGCAUCCUACCUAUUGAGUGCUUCUACUUAAAACUACACGGUGUGAAGCUGGAGGCCAUCAAUCAAAGCAUCAGUAUUGAGCAAUCCCAGUCUGAUCGCAGUAAGCGCCCUUUUCAUCCAGUCACACUCUCUGGUCUUCUCAGGUUGUCCCUUCCACCAGACCAGGUCACCAAAGUCACAGUUGGAAGACUCCAUUUCAGCGAGACUACUGCAAACAACAUGAGGAAAAAAGGCAAACCUAACCCAGACCAGAGGUAUUUUCUCUUAGUGGUGGCCCUCACAGUCCAGGCGCAGAAUCAAACAUAUUUUGUAGCAGCACAAGCAUCGGAACGCAUCAUUGUCCGGGCCUCUAAUCCUGGUCAGUUUGAGAGUGACAGUGAAGUGCUCUGGCAGCGUGGUCAACUUCCAGACACGGUUUUUCACCAUGGGCGAAUUGGCAUCAACACAGAGCGGCCAGAUGAAGCCUUAGUAGUUCAUGGGAAUGUCAAGAUCAUGGGCUCACUUUUGCAUCCUUCUGACAUCAGAGCCAAGGAGGACAUUGAAGAGGUCGAUACAACAGAGCAGUUGAAGCGGAUCUCUCAGAUGCGCCUUGUCCAGUAUCAUUAUAAGCCUGAAUUUGCCAGCACAGUAGGCCUGGAUGACACUGCAGAAACAGGAGUCAUAGCUCAGGAAGUACAAGAGAUUCUUCCAGAAGCAGUAAAAGAGACUGGGGAUGUGGUGUGUGCCAAUGGAGAAACUAUAGAGAGCUUCUUAGUUGUAAACAAGGAAAGGAUAUUUAUGGAGAAUGUCGGUGCCGUGAAAGAGCUCUGCAAGCUGACAGACAACUUAGAGACCCGGAUAGAUGAACUGGAGCGAUGGAGUAAGAAGCUGGCCAAACUCCGGAGACUCGACAGCAUGAAAAGCAGCAACAGUCACACCGGCAGUCAGUUUAGUCGCGCAGGGAGUAUCCCUCAUAAGCAACGUCCUUCCAAAGUCAUGGCCAAGACGGUUCCAGCCCCGUCUGACCAGAGCUGUGUCAGUCAACGUUUCCUUCAAGCAACCAUCAUUGCCCUAGUAAUUAUUAUGGCUUUCAGUGUUAUCUCUAUGACCACUCUUUACGUGUUGAAUCUGCGGAGUGAAGAUGAUAUCCUAGACAUGGAUGGUCCUCUCACUUCUUCUGGUACCUGCACUCUGACUUUGCUCAGACAGAUUCGGCUUACACUCCCUUAUGCUCUCUGCACGCGCUCAAGUCAGAACUUUGAAAGCACACAGCUGAGAAGUUCUACCCCGCCUCCACUACGGGCCACGGAUAGCACAGAUUGGAUACACAGUCAGAAUCCUUCCAUUGUGUUAGACCUGUGCUUGAAUCCUCCCUGCAAAGCUUUCUGUUGCUCUAGUCCUCAUACCUACCCCACUUCUCCAGCAGUUACGUUAGGGAAAACGGCUACACGCGUGGAAACAUCAAUAACAGACAAUGCUCCUGCUACAACUAUCAGAAAGGGUAAAUCCAGAGUCCUGGACAAGAGUAGAAACCAUCUCCAAACAGCAGCACGUCCUGUCAGUCCUCCACCUCAGUAUACCCAAGGAAAAAGCAAACACAGUCCUAACAGCCUACCAGGGCAGGACCUACGUGACAGGCGUAGUGUGGACGAGGAAGAAACAAUAUCAACCACAGUCUCUGAUGUUACCUAUGGAAAUGGAUCGCGUGCUUCUGUCUCUUCUGUUCGGCUCCUUGAGAGUGAUACCCUCAUCACCAAUCAGUUAUGUGCCUCCCCAGACACCUGCAGUGCAGGGAAUUACACAUAUUUACUCCCUCUUAAGAAGGACAGCUCUCUAACAGGCAAUUUCACAUUGGAGUUUAACUCCUCAUCUCCAGUCUCAGUGAAUUUUUGUGAAGCAACAGCGGGAAAAAGCUGCGAGACAUCUGUAACCAGGGGAUCUUCCGAAAAUCAGAGCUGCUCUAAGGUCGCAGGAGUCUGUGCCUCUCCAGCCCCAUCAACACAUCAUCUGUGGUCUCUACAGCUGUUUCCCUCCCAGGAUUUCUCAUUCCACCUGCGAGUGUCUCCUCCAGGUGCAUCAGGUUGCUAUGACGUUAAUGUGGAUUCUUCAGAAGUUACAGACUAUUAUUUCAGUUUUUACCGACUCUGCAAUUGAUACAUUCAAUGAUCAACUGGAAAACCCCGACUGUUUUUCCCUUUCAACUGGACACUCCCAUGUGUCCUCCCUUGCCCCCUCCUUCCCCAGACUGCAGGCAGCCACGGGGUAAUCCCACCCGUCACUGGAUGUGCAACACUGGAUCAAAUCAAGCAGCACUGGAUCCUAAUGGGACCAACUGGAAAUCAGAAGGCAUUCACACUGGAGACACAGGGAAUUAUCCCCAAGCAAGAUACAUGGAUUUUCUCUUGUUCAAUGAAGAGGAAAAAAAAUGGCUAGAGAUGGGUAAAGAUUCUUCUCCAUCCUAAUAAUUUUCUAUAUGUUUCAUUAUGAUUCUGUUACAACCCUUCCACCUAUUCUUGACCAUCCCAAUACCUAAUGGAAGUUGCCGGGACAGCGUUAUCAGUCCUGCAGCCCUUGUACCGGAGCAUUCUGAACUGUUAGAUGCUGCCACCAAGACAAGGACUGCACAAGCCACUACAAGUUACUGAAUACUGGAACAGGUUUUGUGUCUUAUUGUAUUUUAUGUGAAUUUUGUUUUUCUUUAUUUGUGUUUUGUAUUUAAUUCCCUAACCACAGAAGUGCACUUAAUCUUAACAUGGCAGUCGAGGACCAAAAUCUUGCCCUUUAAAAGGGGCAGCAAAAAAUGCCUGAUGGUGAGGCAGCACACCAAAGACUUUCCAAGCACCCAGCGUGUCUCUGCUGUCCAAAGAAAUGGAUCGAUGACUUAUAAAAAAAAAAAAAAAAAAAAGACCCAAAAACUGGUCUCCCCAUCCCAAAAGAAAAAAAAAUUGUUUUCUGCUCUUAAUAUUAAAAUCCUGUAAAUAUUUUUUCUUACAGUAAUUAAAACACUAAAUCACAAGAUAGCAUUUUAACCCUUUCAUUACAUGGCAUAUAUUGCACCUAAAGUACUGGAAGGGUUAAAAUCAAAUCUUUCGAGCUUAAAGCAUUUUUAAUAUUUUUUUUUUGUUUGUUUUAAGUGUCUGAUUUGUAUUUAUAUUUCUUCCUACGACAGCACUGUUCUCCCCUCCUCCCACCCUUUUCUAUGGGUCUGAAAAAAAAAAAUAUUGUCUACGUAUAAAUGCCACAAUAUAAAUAUAUGAAUAAUGCUUUGUACUCUGCCUGGUGUUGUGUGACUGUAGAAACACUGAAAUUAUGGGCAGACGCGUUUAAUAUAUGUAAUAAUAAAGUGUUUUAUUGUAACUGGUGAGCAAGUCACCAUGAGAAGAAUCUCCAUUGCAGAAAUGACAGUGCAACGACUGAGUGGACGCCGCCAUCCACGGCCAGUACUGGUCCCCAGACAGAGUGAAGUAAAAAAACACAAACA